CCGACGGACCCAGGAGCUCCGUAAACGUCUCACCGUUACACUCCGAAGCAGAAGGUUGCGGUAAAUAACCGAGCACGCUGUUAAAACCCAAGAAGAAGAAGCAGCAGGACCUAAGGACAUUACACAACAGUGUCGGGGUAAACAUGGCGGCUGGCAGACCUCUGGGGAAAAUUGCUAGACUUGGCUCCAGUAUCUGCAGGAACCAGCGCUUCUUUUUAAACAGGAGCUCACAGAGACGAGGAGUAGCUUCUUGUGUCGACCCUGCUCAUGGACUCACAGAGGAACAGAAAGAGUUUCAGAAGGUGGCCUUUGAUUUCGCAGCCAAUGAAAUGGCUCCACACAUGGCAGAGUGGGACCAGAAGGAAAUUUUCCCCGUGGAGACGAUGAGGAAGGCCGCCCAGUUGGGGUUCGGUGGGAUCUACGUGCAGCCGGAUGUCGGAGGAUCGGGUCUGUCUCGGCUGGACACUUCAGUCAUCUUCGAGGCCUUGUCCACAGGAUGUGUCAGCACCACAGCUUACAUCAGCAUCCACAACAUGUGUGCCUGGAUGAUCGACACCUUUGGCAACACUGAGCAGAGGGAGAAGUUCUGUCCCCAACUCUGUUCCAUGGAAAAGUUUGCUUCCUACUGUCUCACUGAACCAGGCAGUGGCAGUGACGCUGCUUCACUGCUGACCACUGCACAGCUGAGAGGUGACCAUUACAUCUUGAACGGUUCAAAGGCUUUCAUCAGCGGAGGAGGAGACACAGACGUCUAUGUUGUGAUGUGCCGAACGGGGGGUAAAGGAGCAAAAGGCAUCUCUUGUUUGGUGGUGGAGAAAGGAACCCCAGGUCUCAAUUUUGGCAAAAAAGAAAAGAAGAUGGGUUGGAACUCUCAGCCGACCAGGGCGGUCAUAUUUGAGGACUGUGCUGUCCCAGUGGCCAACCGGCUCGGUGAGGAAGGACAAGGAUUCAACAUAGCUAUGAAAGGCCUGAAUGGAGGCCGAAUUAAUAUUGCAUCCUGUUCUCUUGGGGCGGCACAUGCCAGCGUGCAGCUGGCCAGGGAUCAUCUGUUGGUACGCAAGCAGUUUGGAGAGACGCUGUCCAACAACCAGUUUCUUCAGUUUAAACUGGCAGAAAUGGCCACUAAGUUGGUUGCAUCUCGCCUCCUGGUGCGGGAGGCUGCGACGGCGCUGCAGGAGAACCGGCCCGAUGCCGUUUCUCUCUGCUCCAUGGCCAAACUCUUCGCCACAGAUGAGUGCUUUAAUAUCUGCAACCAGGCUCUGCAGAUGCACGGUGGGUACGGAUACCUCAAAGACUAUGCAGUGCAGCAGUUUGUCCGAGACAUCAGAGUACAUCAGAUUCUAGAGGGCACAAAUGAGGUGAUGAGGAUGAUCAUUUCCAGAAAUCUGCUGACGGAGUCAUGAAUCUUUUCCCUUGGAUCUCUGAGUGACGUCAGUAGUGACCAUAUUGUUACGGUCUUCAUCUCUCUAUUGUUACUGUGGGACUGGUUUUCUAGA